AUCAUAGAGAGUUGGUUAGCAUACUCUGCUUGUCGCUAAGUGACGCAUGCGCGACUCAAAUCUGCACUCGACUAACAUCGGGGAGUGACAGAGACCAGAAGGCCAUGUUUCCUCCAGCAGAGGGCGGUAAAGUCAACUCCGGACUACACCAAUGCUCAUAGGGUUGUCUUCUAGUCGGAAGUUCAGUUCAUUUUCACCGGGCUUGUGUGGCUUCAGACCAUAUGGACAGCCGUCUGAAACACAAUGGACAUCAGUAAUAAUGCCACAGCCCAGAAUGAUGCUGGUGGUGACGGGAGAUGACUUCGGCUACUGUCCCAGGAGAAACCAGGGGAUUGUCGAAAGCUUCCAGGCUGGAGGCAUUUCUAACGUGUCACUGCUGGUCAAUGCCUCUGCUGCCAAAGAGGCAGCGGAUCUGGCUAAAAGACACAGCAUCCCCAUGGGCCUCCACGCCAACCUGUCGGAGGGCGUUCCAGUGUGUCCGAGCCUGCAGCGGGACUCCACGCUGGUAAACCAGCGAGGCGUCUUUCAUGGGAAGAUGGGCUUCCGCCAGGCGCUGGAGAGAGGUCAGCUCAGCAUGGAACAGGUGGAGCUGGAGUUGCGGGCCCAAGUCAGGCUGUUCAGGGAACUGACGGGGCACCUGCCCCACCACAUGGAUGGACACCAACAUGUCCACGUCCUGCCAGUGGUGCGUGAGGUGUUUGCACAGGUCCUGUCAGAUCUCAAGAUCACAUACACUCGAGUUCCAGUGGAGCCGGGUUUACACAGCUGUCCAGCUGUGCCCGAACACCUCCACACAUUCUACACAGAGGUGGAGAAGGACGCGCUGGACUCCAUCCCUGUCUUCACACGCUACGGAAUCAGGUGGCCAGAUGUGUACCUGGGACUGACCACCAUGGGCCAAAACAUGUCAGUCCCCAACCUGCAGAGGGCGCUGAGUCACGCCUUGGCGGCAGGGCCUUCUUCAGGAACCACCUUCAGCACUGCAUCAGGCUCUCAUCCGCCUGUGGUCACAGCCGAGCUCAUGGUCCACCCGGGUUACCCCAGCCACCCCCAGGAAGGGGGCUGCGGAGAGGGCCCCGACGACUUCUCCCAGUCAGCUGACCGACAGCACGAGCUGAGCGUGCUCAGAGACCCGUCGCUGCAGGCCCUCUACAGCCAGGAGAGAGUGCAGCUCUGUGCCUUCAAAGACAUCUGAGUGCUGCUGUCUACCAGUGGAAACACGUUUGUAGGGCUGGGCAAUGUAUCAAUAUUAUAUCCUUAUCGUGAUAUGAACCAAUAUAUCAUCUUAGAUUUUGGAUAUCGUAAUAUGACCCAAGUGUUGUUUUUCUAGUUUUAAAGACAGAAAAGUGGCCAAACUGUUCUAGAUAUUCUAAUAUUUGCCUUUCCCCACUUAAACAUUGUAUCCACAUUAUUGGGGAUUAUUUAUCUAAAGUCAAUACUUUGUGAAAGCACCAAUAGUCGACCCUACAAUAUCACCGCGAAAUCUGAGUGAUGAUAAGAUUUUCUCCAUAUCGCCCAGCCCUACAUGUGUGUAUACUGUAGACGACCAAAGUGAGUGAGUCCCAUUGACAUCUGUAACACCACAAAUGACUCUAAAUCUGCCUUAAUUCAUAGUAUGUGAUAGAAGGGGACAUUUUAACACACAAACAAAACAAUGUAACACAGUGGCAACUAAUGGGUGAGAAUGGACCUGUCUCUCCCUUUUAGUCCAGACGCGGCUCCAACAACAGCUCACCAAGGCCUGCACGAUUAAUCAGAAAAUCAUGAUCUUGAGUCACCCUGUUCACACUUUAAUUUUUAAAUAACUUUUUUUAUUUCUUUUUUAUGACUUUGAUUCUCAUUUAAUUUUACGAGCCAAUUGCAUCCCAAACUACUACUGUGUUCUGUGAGUUUUAAACAGACUGUAUAAAAUAGGUUUUAAUGCUCUCCCUUCUCUUCAUUGAAGCCUCUGUGUUUCAGGCUUGUGGGGAUGAGUAAUGUGCUAAAGGUGCCAAAACAAAUCUGUUUGGUACUAGAAAUUUGUUUUGUUUUGUCGGGGUUCAUGUGUGCAAUAAGCAUUACACUUUGUGAGAAAAAAAUCGUGGCCGACAAUCGUGAUAUCAACUCUAAGCUAAAGAAUCGUGAUUCAUGUUUUUCCCCGAAUCGUGCAGGCCUAAGCCCAUCUAAUCUUUUUAUUGUUAAAGGAACACGCCGACUUAUUGGGCGUUUAGCUUAUUCACCGUGUCUCCCAGAGUUAGACAAGUCCAUGCAUACCCUUCUCAUCUCCGUGCUGCUGUAACUCUGUCUGACCCCCCCCCAGCAUUAGCUUAGCCUAGCAGAGAUCCUGGAGGUAACUGGUUCCAACUAGCUACUGCUACUACAAUAUGUUCCUAUUUACAUGUUGUGAUUUGUUGUGAUAGUCACACGGAGGGGACAAGGGUAUGUAUGGACUAACUCUGGGGGACACGGGGAAUAAGCUAAAGUCCCAAAAGGUCGGCGUGUUCCUUUAAAAGACAGUUUGUACAAGCACAGAAAGAUGUGCACUGCCACGCUGGUAAAACCGUAUGAAAGCUGUCGUUUUUUAAUGCUAUCUAAUAAAUCAUCAACAUUUGCUGCGGAGCACAGAAGCACUACAUAAAAACGACAGUAAUCUACAAACUGGAAUGUAAUGUUCUCCUGAAAGUAUGUGGAAUAGUGAAUAGUGAAACAUGUUUGUUCUGUAUGUGAGCCAUACCAGGUGCUGCUACCAACAUGCCAGUAAUUGCACAUAUCAUAUGUUUUUUUAUACUGUAGUUUUGUCCAUCAUCAUUCUUGUACAAUGAAGGAUUAUUAGUAUCAAGUCAAAGAAACUGAACUUCAGUUUGACGUCCAGAUAUCUUAGACCCUGUUUCCACGUACAUUUCGCUUCGUUGACACGCAAACGGAGAACUCUCCUCUGAAAACGAGUCUUCCUAACACCUCCGGCCAGGGGGGAUCUUUGAAACCUGGGUCUCCACGGAAACUGAGACAACCGGAGGUCUAGGCAGCCGAGGACGUGAGGAAGAUAAGAGAGAGGAAGUGAUUCUGAUUGGCUAACGUGGGCUUGAGCUUCCCGUUACACUGCCACCUACAGGUUUGGCGAGCUCUGACGGCAGAUAUACAUUUUUCUGAAAACUGCCAGCUGUGCACGACGUCAU